ACAGCGUGCUAGUCGCAGUCGCUUCAGAUUACUUGACUUUCCGUCUACAAUUUCCGACUUCCGCCAGAUGGCUUGAUGCAGAAUGAGCCAAAAGGAUCCGAAUAAGGUGGUGACGGUCACAGCGUACCUUGGACAAGGAGAUAAAUCUAAGGAAAUUUCAUACACUGACGCCAAAGUUAUCGGCAAUGGAUCUUUUGGCGUCGUUUAUCAGGCUAGACUUUGUGAAACGGACGAGAUAGUCGCUGUUAAAAAGGUGUUGCAGGAUAGGAGAUUUAAAAACCGAGAGUUGCAAAUAAUGCGGCAACUGGAUCAUCCAAAUAUUGUUCAACUGAAGUACUUCUUUCAUAUCUUUGGGGAACGCAAAGAUGAUGUCUACCUCAAUUUAGUACUUGAAUUCGUACCCGAGACUGUUUACCGGGUCGCUCGUCGAUAUAGCCGGCAAAAGGAAACAAUUCCUAUAUUAUUCCUCAAGCUGUACAUGUACCAACUGCUUCGAAGUUUGGCCUAUAUUCACCACAAGGGAAUUUGUCAUCGUGAUAUAAAACCCCAGAACCUGCUUCUCAAUCCGUCCACCGGUGUCCUGAAACUCUGUGACUUUGGAAGCGCCAAAGUCCUCGUUCGCGGUGAACCGAAUGUAUCCUACAUUUGUUCUCGCUAUUAUCGGGCUCCUGAACUAAUUUUCGGUGCGGUGGAGUACACCUGCCAAAUCGAUAUCUGGUCAUCCGGUUGCGUGCUAGCUGAACUUCUCCUUGGACAACCCAUAUUUCCGGGCGACAGUGGUGUUGAUCAGCUGGUCGAAAUUAUCAAAGUUUUGGGCACACCAACACGGGACCAAAUUCAUGAAAUGAAUCCGGAUUACCGCGAUUUUAGAUUUCCCCAAAUUCGACCGCAUUUAUGGUCCAAGGUAUUCCGACCGCGUGUACCCCCAGAUGCUAUACAACUAGUUUCACAACUACUGGAUUAUACUCCGAGCAAACGUCUGAAACCACUGGAUGCAUGUCUGCAUCCUUUCUUCGACGAGCUGCGACUAGAGCAGACACGUUUGCCAAAUGACAGGCCACUACCUCCGCUAUUCAACUUCACCCCUUACGAGUUGUCUAUGUCCAGUGAUGUUCAAAAACUUCUACCGCCGACUCAGAAAUCCUUGCACACCACGCUCUCCGAUAAAGAGGCAGAUUCUAGCCAACCAGCUUCCGAAGCUCCCAACACUACUUUUCAACCAGAUCAAAAUGCAUUGGGCGGAGACGUGGAAAGUUCUGUGCUGGCAUCCAAUGUGUUGUCCAAGGAGAAUCCGUGCGAGGAUACAGCUUUUGAACUGACCGAUUCUGCGAUACCCGAUAACGCAUGUUCAAAUCCUAAUACAGACAGUCACGCAAGUGAGACUGUACCAGCAACUUCUCUGGAAGCAGACGUUCAGGGCUCUAAAAACUGAAAUAGCGCCAUUCGUUUGCUGUCUUCGAACAAUAGUGCGUCUCUUCUGCUCGCUUUGUACAUCCGCUAUGCGUACACAUGAUGCCAUCCCCAGCCAUCUGCGACAGAUGGUGUGCAGGCUGAUUUACAUAUUUAAGAAAAAUGCAGCCUAUCACUGAGUGGAAGCUACACAGUCGCUUUUAUGAACAUUUAUCUUCUCGUGUCCUACCACGUACUGAAUUUUUCUCGGUCGCCUGUUCGGUAUGUGUAGAUUUAUUCUCGAAUAACAUUCGUUUUAAACAUAUUUCGCUUUUUUAUUUGUCACGCUUCCUUGGCCUCAGUCAACAUUGUACCAUGGUUUUAUCCACAUGCACACAAAACAUCUGGAUGUAAAAUUUAGUCGUAAUUCUCAUUCACACAUCUUGACUUUCAGCAUGAUAGCACGCGUUCUCUUUAUGUCCCGACGUUUGUUUAUCCACAAAACAAAGUGACCGUUUCUAUCGUUAUUUGCACAGCCUACGGGAAUGUUCUCUCGCUUUUCCCACUUUUUUAUAGCACCGGUUCGUUGUCACACCCUUUGCUCCCACCCGCCUCACAUAUGGGCGCUUUCUUCUCCUAUCUUUAUCCACUUCAUACCGCUUCACUCACCUAACCUCAGUACGGUUGGAUUAUGACUCCAGGAUGCACGCGCGAACAUAUGUAUAUGAUUUCGUGCUAGAAAUAAGUGAAGUGGUUGUGUUCCACUGCCCUCACACGAUCUUCGUUAUCAGUCCACAUUGUGACCACGUAGCCAAUACGAACUGCUCUAGUGUCUUUCACUGGUCACAACGUCUGUCCCCUCUGCAUGAGGUGCGCCUUCCAUCCACUCGCGUUUGGCAACCCUCGAUAUACCUUCUCUGCAUAUGUGUUUGUGAAAUGCGUACUACAAGUACAAUUUAUUUUCGUCCCAUUUCAGGGACAUCUGUUCUGUCCUUCUUACUAUUUGCUCCACCACCCAGCAACCAACUCCGGUGAAGUUAACUAGUAGGUUACCAUCGAUGUUACGCUCAACUUGCUACAUUCUACUAUGUGCGUGCAGAAGUUGUGACUUUCUGCCAUAGAGUCUCGAUGACAUCCUGCCGCACAACAUCGAUAUGCUAUCAUUGCACCAUAAUUCAGCCACAAUAAUUCGCAUUUUCUUCAAACUAUCGCCUUAAGUUUGGUUUUAGGUGAGUUCAGAGCCACUCACGAACUUAUUCUUACUGCCCCUCACGUUGAGAUCUGUGGCCCUCUUCAAUACAACUAUGGAGUGCACG